AUGUCGCAUUCGCGACGGCCUUCUGUAGUCAAAGCAGCACAACACGCCUACGUUAACCCGAAUGCUCCAAUAAUAUUGUUCAUCGGCGGCCCUGGAGGUGGAAAGUCGAAAUAUGCUUCGAAAGUGAGAGACGCCCUAGAAUCCCAAGGUUUGGUGCACAUCUGUGUACCAGACUUGAUAAAAGAGUCCAUCAAACGGUACAAGGCCGUGUAUCCAGAAUGGAAAGAAGCUUCACGAAAGUACGACCGUGGUGAGUGAAAAGUGUUCUUCCAACUGGACUAUGACCAGUUUUAUCUUUUUUUAUUGCACUUGAACUCUAGCUAUUUGUCCUUUAAACGUAUGAUUACUAUUGCCAUUCCAGGAGAACUAAUUUCGAACGACCUGAUCCAAAUGUUGGUAAAGGCAGAGAUGGGGCGAUACCCGAAUGCCAACGCUUAUUUCCUAGAGGGAUUCCCUCGUGAAGCCAAACAAGUUGAAGACUUCGAGAAGAACGUGAGUAUUACUGUAACAUUACGUAUCCUUUUAGGUACGGAAUGUGAACCUAGCCAUGAUAUUGGAUUACGAUGAAGAUACGUUGCGAACCCAUAUGAUGAACAAAGGCCAAGACCGUGAAGUAAUCGACCGAAGGAUCAACGAAUUCAGGAACAAAACCCUGCCGAGUGCCAAAUACUUUGAUGACCAUAGACUCCUUCAUCUAGUAAGUACACAAUGACCGUUUAAAGCAUUUUUAUAUCUCAAUUGUGCGUUUUUUAAAUAUUAAUCUUUAUUUUCAACAAAGAAUUAAGUAAUAAUGACUAUUCUCUUGCAGAUUCCAGGAGAAAAAGACGAUAGUAUUAUUCUGGAGCGCAUGAAGAAGCUAGUCAAGCGUGCCAUGGACAGUGGGACCUCGGUGCUGGCCAAAGAUCCGGCCGCAACCACCAAUGAAGUCGUAAGUGCAUGCUACGUGAAGCACAUUUCCUGUUUUAGAGCGACUCCGUUGCCUCGAGUCAAAAUGUUUCGCCAGCGCAGAGUCGUCCUUCUACGAAAGCCAAGCCUAGAGCCCGGGGCAACGCAACCGAACCUUCAGCCCCUGAAACUCACGUUUCCAAAGACGUUGACUACGACACAAACGAAGUUUUAGGUAACAUAUCUCUUUAGCUAAGCUAAGAGAACUUAUGAUUGUUUCAGUAAUAUUGCAUGUCUAAUGUCAUGAUACAUGUUUUAGAAAACGGUACUGCGCGACAGUCAACAAACGACAGUAAACCUCCAACUCCACAGACUGGAACGGUCAAACCACUUUCUCGAACAGCGACAAACACUUCUAUCGCUCGUAAUUCCCCUACAACAGUUAAUGGAAAUCAUACUGAAAGAGUACUGAAUAGAGAACAAUCAGGUAACAACAUUGUACAGAGCAGCCAAUCCAGACCAUCAACCACCAAAUCUAAGGCAAGUCGUCCUCCAAGUGGAUCUGACAGUACCGUGAAGCCAGACGCCGCUUCGAAACCACCCACUCCAACGGCUGAAUCUCGGCCUGGGACAACAACAUCCAAGAAGUCAGCCGCCGCUACUUCUCGACCACCGUCAGUGCCUCGAGCAGCCAACAAGCAGAACACUUCACGACCUCCGUCCAGUGGCACAGCCAAACUUCCAGAAGGUAAUCACUUUGAUUACUUUCAAAGGCCUCUUUGUAAAAUUGACUUAUUUCUAAAACUAUACUAAGAUGAUAAUUAUACCAAAUUUAGAAAACGUAGUAGACCCAGCAGCUCAAGCCACAGAACGACUCAUGUCGGCCAGCACCAUCAGCCGCUUACCCAGCGCUGCUGACAGAUUCCCGAAAGGAUUACCUAACAAUGCUCCUGUCAUCUUAAUGCUAGGUAAGAGUAUAACUGUAGUCACAUACAGUAACCUUUAAGGUGCUCCUGGGUCUAACAAGAAGAUAAUGGCGGAAAAAGUGGCCAAGAAGAACGACGGCUUCGUACACAUUAGUAUGGGCGAGCUUCUUCGCAAAAAGGUCAACGAUAACCCGGAUGACGAAUUGUGGGCGCGAGUGGGAAAGAAGAUGGAUGCCGGAGAACAGAUUCCAAUGGUAAUAUACAAAAAUUAGAUUUUUAGACGCCUAUGUUAUAAAAAGUGUACCGUUUUGAUGCAAAAACAAUUUUAAUUAGCAAAACUUUAACAUUUUUUCAGAAAAUCUGCCGAGAAAUACUGUAUUCUACAGUACACGAAAUGGGAAACAGGUCCUGGGGCUAUGUCAUUGAAGGCUACCCGAGAACGUUAGCCCAAGCUGAAGAUAUUGAAAGCCAAUUAGGUCGAUUGGAUGUCGCCCUUCUGAUCGACUGUACUGAACAGUUCUGCAAAGAUACGAUACGAAAGCGACUCGAGGAUGCCAAAGAAAAUGGAAAUAGUCGCCCAGGCAAGUUACCUUACUUUGGUAUACUGCUAUAUUGACUAUGAAUAAAAAUGACGUAUUGAGAUAUAAAUAUUCUGGAUUUCAGAUGACGAAGAACAAGCUUUGAAACAGAAACUGGCCUUGUUCAAACAGAACACCUUGCCAAUGUUAAAACAUCUUGACGAGAAGAAAAAACUUCAAGUGGUGUGUUUCAUAAUAUUGUAUAAUAUAAAUACCAUAUUAACAUCGCUCUUAAAAAUAAUAACCUAGUAAAGUAAUAAAAUAAAUUUUAGGUGGAAGGUGACAAAACCAUAGAAAGCCUUUUCAACGAAGUGGUCGCAAAACUUAACAGCACGGUAUUUUCUGAAGGUACGUUGAUAUAAAUGUUGUCGUAAAGUUACCUCUCAUUCGUCAUUAAUACAAUCGUAUUCAGAAGGUAACCUAGUCAUAACAGAACUCCAGAACCAAGAUCGUGAUCUUCGGACAGCCGGCUCUGUCGCGUCGUGA